AUAUCCUACAGAUGGCGUGUUCAAAACAUACGCCGCUUGCUGCUGCUGCUGCUAGUGGAGGCCAGGCGGAGUUUGGCUACGGUCCGCAGACAAAGACUAGGGAUGGGCGAUGAAGCCUCACGACCCGGGCGCUGGACACAUUACAAGAGGUUUGUUCAACAUUAAGCUAUAAACCUAGCCAUUCUUCCCCACCGGCGAAUAAGUGCUCCUGCUGUGGCCAGUUGUUUCAUUGUUUACAUCUUUUCACCGCUGAGAGGUCAAAUAUCAAGGGACAUCUGCUGCAAACAGGACUAAGUAACGCUGAAUUUUCAAGAACCCUUUUUCCAGGGAGUACUUUGUAUCACCGUUAAGAGGGGGUAGUUGCAAAGAAGAAUGGCAUGAACUGGAUAUAUAAAACACAACAAGAUGUUUGUAGAAUCAGUAUUUUUUUCAUAAAAGCAACUCUAAGUCAAACAAAUGGCGAUGAUCUUUUGACAGUUAGGGUAUCUUGAGGACUGGGGUUUGACAGUGCUCCUUCUUUUCUUGUUGUGGUUAAUACAUGCUUAAUAAUAGACUUUGGCUCCCUACUUCAAGAUGGAGUUUUUUUUCAACCCCUUUGACAAUUUGUUGUGUAUCCUCCUUGGGAUAUCUUUCACUGUCUGGGUCACCCUGCUCCUGGUUUUCAUCAUCGUUCCUGCCAUUCUUGGGGUUUCAUUUGGCAUCCGAAGACUUUACAUGAAAACCUUGCUUAAAAUCUUUGAGUGGGCCACUCUAAGAUUAGAAAGAGGUGCAAAAGAGAAGAAUCACCCCCUUUACAAACCAUACUCAAAUGCAAUCAUCGCGAAGGAGCCAACCUCACUGGAGGAAGAGAUCAAGGAGAUACGGCGUAGUGGCAGCAACAAAGACUUAGGUUCAGCCACUGAGUUUGAAAUGUCAGACAUCUUUUAUUUUGCUCGCCGAGGAGUGGAGAGCAUCAUGGACGACGAGGUGACCAAGAGGUUCUCUGCGGAGGAAUUGGAAUCCUGGAACCUGCUCACUCGGAGCAACUACAACUUCCACUACAUCAGCCUCAGGUUGACUGUGCUUUGGGGGCUUGGCGUUCUCAUCCGCUAUGGGCUCCUGCUGCCACUCAGGGUAACUCUUGCCUUCACUGGUGUGGGUCUCCUUGUGUUUCUCACCUCAUUGAUUGGACUAUUACCAAAUGGAAGGAUGAAAAACCUCUUGAGUGAGAAGGUGCAUUUGAUGUGCUAUAGAAUAUGUGUCAGAGCAUUAACUGCAAUCAUCACUUACCAUGACAGUGAGAACAAACCCAAGAAUGGAGGAAUCUGCGUCGCCAACCAUACCUCACCUAUUGAUGUUAUCAUCCUGGCUAGCGAUGGCUGUUAUGCAAUGGUUGGGCAAAUUCAUGGUGGUUUGAUGGGGGUAAUUCAAAGAUCUAUGGUAAAGGCCUGCCCACACAUUUGGUUUGAACGCUCAGAAGUCAAAGACAGACACCUAGUGGCCAAAAGACUAAGUGACCAUGUGGAAGACAAAACCAAACUCCCAAUUCUUAUUUUUCCAGAAGGUACUUGCAUCAAUAACACAUCUGUUAUGAUGUUUAAGAAGGGAAGCUUUGAGAUUGGAGGAACUGUCUACCCAGUUGCUAUUAAGUAUGAUCCUCGAUUUGGAGAUGCUUUUUGGAACAGUAGCAAAUUUGGAAUGGUUAACUACCUGCUGCGCAUGAUGAGCAGCUGGGCUAUAGUUUGUAGUGUGUGGUACCUUCCACCAAUGUCACGUGAGGAAGGAGAAGAUGCUGUCCAGUUCGCCAAUCGUGUGAAGGCAGCCAUUGCCAGGCAAGGUGGAUUGGUUGACCUUCUGUGGGAUGGGGGUCUGAAGCGAGCCAAGGUAAAAGAUACCUUCAAAGAAGAGCAACAGAAGCUGUACAGCAAAAUGCUGGUGGGCACUCAAGAGGACCGCAGUCGCUCAUGAGGGACCUGUAGAACUAUGGACUAUGGUCAGCUCUGCUCCUGUCUGUUGACGCAUGUGAAUUGGAGAAGAUCCUUUCAGAUGUCGACAGAACUCCAUUUGGCUUCCUCAGUCACUGCCGUGGUCUGGCAUGUUUCAGUUUGCAUUGCUCUUUGGGGGUCACUCUUUGGGGUUGCUCUGAGUCUGCUGCACUUUGUUGGAAGAACAAAUGGAUGCACUCAGGCAGUGUUGUCUUCCUUUUGUAGAAAAAGCCAACUUUCCUAUUUUUGUUUAAUAGUUUGAGAUUUUAGAAGUUACUAUAAUUUUUGUAUCACAGUAUUUAUGUUGCAUUUACCUAAUACUGGGACACUAGAAAGACCUCAUAAUAGAUAAGCUGUUGCUUGAACUGACUUGAGUCCACGGGAAAUGCCUUUCUUGUUUUAAGGCAGAAUUACAUUUCAUUGUAUUUUUUAAGCAUUAUUCAGGGAGACUCAAAGAGGGAUGUUUUGUUACAUAUUUGGGUCUUUUCUGUUGAGUGUAUAAAUUUUACAUUAUGAUAUGGAAAUUAGAACCCAAAGUUAAACUGUUAUUGUUGUUACAGUUCCACUUAAUCAUCUUGUUUUAAUUUUCAAAAUAGGGUAUUCAUUAAAAUCAACAUUAGGCUUUAUUUAUUUAUUUUUAUUAUGGCCUUAAGAUUAAAAUCUUUUUUUCUAAAUACAAUGCAUUCACAUAAUGCCAAUUUCUUUAAAAUUGCUUAAAUAGCAGGUAUCAGAAAUGACUGCACUGAUCCUGUAUUGUUCAUCUCAUUUCAACAUCUAACGUUUUGGUUUGUUUCUUUUAACCAGGACUGGCUUACUUUGAGUGACAUAUAGCUUUAAGUUGCCAAUCCCCAGCAAAUGAAUGUGAAUUUGGUAUUAAAAAUUAUAAAGGAUUUUAAACACGAAAAGGGAUACUGAAUUAAUUUGUGAACCUUUUAUCUGCCCCAUCAAUGAUCACUCUUCUGUGACUCUGAGGAGAGAGUGAGAGAUGACAUUUUUAACUUAUAUGUUCCCGCAGAUAGACAGCCACAGUGACCAUGAGUAAAUAAAUGUUCAAUGUUC